UAGCAGGCAAACUGACAGUGUUUCUUUGCGGAAAAGUGCAUCAUCACGGAGGAAAAACAGCGUUUUCUGGUGGAAAAAUGAGCGAUAGUGCGGGAAAUUGGUGCUUGAUCGAGAGCGAUCCAGGAGUUUUUACAGAACUCAUCAAGGAAUUUGGAGUCACCGGUGUACAAGUGGAGGAGCUCUGGAGUCUGGAUUCUGAACAAUUCAAGAACCUACAGCCCAUCCAUGGCCUCAUCUUCCUGUUCAAGUGGGUGCAGGACGACGAACCAGCGGGUGUGGUUGUGGAGGAGGGCGACAGUCGCCAGUGGAGUAUCUUCUUCGCGAAGCAGGUUAUUAACAACGCUUGCGCCACUCAGGCCAUCCUCAGCAUCCUCCUGAACUGUGUGCAUCAGGACAUCCAGCUGGGCGGCACCCUGACGGACUUUAAGGACUUCUGCUCGUCUUUUGAUCCCUACAACAAAGGCCUGACGCUCAGCAAUGCAUCUCAGAUUCGUUCCGUUCACAACUCCUUCGCCAGGCAGACUCUCUUUGAACUGGACUCCAAGACGCCAAACAAAGACGAGGAUGUCUUCCACUUUGUUGGCUAUGUGCCUAUUGACGGCACCCUUUACGAGCUGGACGGCUUGAAAGACGGUCCAAUUGACCUGGGUCCUGUGGGCGCCAAUCAAGACUGGCUGGACGUGGUGAGACCCAUAAUUGAGAAGCGUAUGCAGAAGUACAGCGAAGGCGAAAUCCACUUCAACUUGAUGGCCAUCGUGUCUGAUCGCCAGAUGAUCUACAAUCGUGAAAUAGAGCGACUGAUGAAUCUCACAGAUGCUGAGAUGGAUGUAGAGGCCCGUCAGAGUGAAAUCACGCGCCUUCGGAUGCUCAUUGAGGACGAUAUUGCGAAGAAGAAUCGUUACCGCGUGGAGAACAUCCGCAGGAAGCACAACUACCUGCCACUGAUCGUGGAACUGCUCAAGAUGCUGGCCCAGAAGGGUCAACUCAUGCCGCUGUAUGAGAAGGCAAAGCAACGAGCAGCCGAGAGGGAGGCCACAAAAACCACGUAAGUGUUUUCCCUGCUUUUCCCAGUUGAUGAGAAUAAACGUGAGGAGGUCUUUUCAUAA